AUGUGUGGUAUCGGCUUCUUGUUAGGGGCUGGUCCACCGGAGCAGUCCGAGCUGGAGAGCUAUAUCGGUGCGCUUCGAAGGCGUGGCCCCGAUGCCGACAAGCAAACUACCAUCGAUUUGGAGGGAGGAUGGACGCUGCACUUGAUGGCGGCAGUGCUGCACCUUCGCGGCGAGGAGCUGUGCGCGCAGCCAGCAGAGGACGCUCACGGGAACGUCCUGCUUUGGAACGGCGAGGUAUUUGACGGCCUCGACAUCGGACCUGGCGAGUCUGACACGGCCGCCGUCCUCCGAACCCUGUCUGGCACCUGCAACCACCAGGAGGUGGCGGCCGCACUCGGCGGCAUCUCUGGGCCUUUCUCGUUCGUGUACUGGUGCCCGGGAAGGCGGGCGUUGUACUACGGGAGGGAUCCCGCCGGUCGCCGUAGUCUUGUCUUGCGGAGACCUAGGUCCUCCGGAGAGGAGAUGGUGGUCCUUUCCUGCCUGCCCGAAAAGCAGUCCACGGAACCCCCCGGAAUAAGUUGCCCGGUCAAGCCUACAAUCCCGGUGACCCCAGCCCACCACCACGCUAGGGCUGAAGACGACGAGCGUCCGCCUCAAGUCGACGAUCGUCAGCCUCAAGCGACGGCGAUCGACACUGAUGAUGCGGCGGGUGUUGUUGCUGUUGGCCGUCGGCCUCCGGCGACGGCGGUAGAAGCGGAGGAUGCGGGUGCUGUUGUCGUCGCUGCCGAGAGCGACUGGGAGGAGGUCCGUGCCGACGGUAUCUAUUUCCUUACCUCGGACGGCACCUCCGCCACCACCGGCGAUGGUGGGGCUCGUGUCGACGGGAACGGUUGGACUGCUCCCCGCCCGCAGCUCUACCGUUGGUCGGUGCGGCCGGAGGCCGGCCUCCCGGAAGCGGGCCGCGUGUUGACGCCGCCGAGCGAGAGGCAACGGGACACGGGGGGCGAUGACGUUGGGGGCAGCGCGGGAGAUGAGGGGAGCAAGGUCGAGGCGGUGAGCAACGAGAGAGAGGAAGGGGGCCGGCGGCUUGGCACCGAAGGCAGUGACGACGGGGGGGGCUCCGCGGCAUCAGCGGCGGCGGCGGGUUUGCUGGAGAGGCUCAGGGACUCGAUCCGACGCCGCGUGUGCACGAUCCCGCACCCGGCGUCCCACCGCUUCGACCGGCGCCGUCGAGCUGCUAGCGGCGACGACGGUAGAGAGGAAGCCAAGCCGCAAGGAUUUCGAGAAUUCGCAGAGUCGGAGAAGACCGGGCCGGGCAACGGGCUGGCGAACGCCCUCCACGCAGAGGGUGCCGCUGCUUCUGCGACCGAUACCCGCCCCCAGCGGGCGCGGAAUGACGACGCUGCGGGUGGUGCCGCUGCUACGGCUUCACGAGGAAGUCCUGCCGCCGCCGCAGCAGCAGCAGCAGCGGCGGCACGGGUGGGGAUUUUGUUCUCGGGAGGGCUUGACUCGGUCGUCCUCGCGGCGUUGCUGGCGGAGGAGGGGGCCGAAGGGAGAGGACCGGCUGUGCCGAAGGGUGAAGCCAUCGACCUCAUCAACGUCUGCUUCGACAGCCCGAGCGGGCACCAGAGCCCGGACCGCCUGGCCUCGAUCGCCGCAGUCGGAGAGCUGAAGCGGCUCUUCCCCUCCCACGCGUGGAGACUCGUUUGCGUGGACGCGAGCUACGGGGACGUCCUGGGGCGGACGGAGGCGGUUUGGCGGGUCAUGCAGGCAAGGAACGGCGGCGGCAGUAGCAGCAGUAGCAGCAGCUGCCCGAGAAGAAGGGCCACCGAGGCCAAGGCCAAGGUCAAGACCAAGGUCAACAAGAACGGGGACGAGCUGUGCCCCGUCGACGGCUGCCGGCGACUCCUCCUCCCGGGCUGCGUGCUGGGCACGUGCAGCCGGUGCUGCCUCAAGGCGCAGGGCCUCAUCGAAGCCACCAGCGCCCCCACCGCCGCUGCGUCGGCCCCCCGGCGGUCGGUCCCGCCCCUCGAGAAGGCACGAGGCCUUCCCGGAUCUCCCAUCGGUCGCGCGGCGGCGGCCACGGCUACGGCGGAGGCAACCCCGCCAGACACGGCGAACGAGCGAAAAGAGACGGCGGCGGCGGCGGCGGCGGCAGCGGCGGAAGAAACGAUUGGCGCGAGCCAGGAUCGAGCCUCGUGUUCUCUCGGGGCCUCAGAUUCUGUUGUCUCUCCUCCCGAAAGGACAGCUCCCGGGGUGGCGGCAGCAGCGGCGGCGGCGGGAGAGCCAAUGACCGCCGGCGGCCACGAAGAAGAGACGGCGGCGGCGGCGGCGGCUGUCGCAACGGCUGCGACCACGCCUUCGGAAGCGCUCCCCCCCUCCGAGGGGGGAGACGCGACGACGAGCGCCGACGAGCGGCAACGCCUGUUCAAGGCCCACGCGGAGGAGGAGGCGCGGCGGGCGCUCGAGGGCCACCUGCUGGAGCGCUUCGACGAGGACCUGUCGGCGCCGUUUCGGGCGGAGGAGCUCGCGGCGCUGCUGCUGCUGUCGCCGCCGCUUCGACGAGAGAACAACUCGGGUCCUGGCCAGGCGGAGGUAUGCAUACCGUCCCACGAUCAACGUCGUCUCGAUCCGGAGGCCCGGGCAGGACAGCGGCGGCAGCGGCCGGUCAGGUGGUGCCCCGUUCACAGGCGAUUUCGUAGGAAGGGGGAGGAGCGAGGGGGGAGAGAGACGGAAGCAGCCGCAGGGGAGCCGUGGCCAGGAACGUCGGCGACCAGGGUUACCUCUGCCGCGAGGGUGCUCCUGGUGUUCAGAGGAGGAGAGGGCCCAGACCUCGUGCAAGGUGUAACGGAAGGUCUUGAGCCUUUCCAGUACAGUGUGGGCAAAGAAGACGAGGCUGAGGCGACCGCCGUGGUAGGGGACGCGGCCCUCGCCGAGGAGCUGCUGAAGGACCAGGGUCGGCUGUGGACUCGAAACCUGGGGAGGGACGACCGCGCGAUCGCCGACCACGGGAGGGAGGCGAGAUUCCCCUUCCUGGACGAGGACGUCGUCGGCUACCUCAGGUCUCUGCCCCUGCGGGAAGUUUGCAACAUGGACGAACCGGUGGGGAUCGGGGACAAGAAAGUAUUGCGAGAGGUGGCCUCCCACCUAGGGUUGGAGAGCUGCAGGCGCCUCCCGAAGCGCGCCAUACAGUUCGGCAGCCGCAUCGCCCAGCACUGCGCGAGGCACACGCACGGGAGCCACAGGAGAGGGAGCGGCUCCGACCCGGCCUCAGCGGGGGGGGUCAGGCGCCUCUCGUUCCCAGAUAGAUAA